UUCAAGAAGUGCGACCCGCAGAUUACAGAUGUCAAGGCUCCGAAGCGAAUCAAUCCAUGGCAACCAUGAAAUUCCAGAAGAGGAUGAAACUGGAAUAUUUCCACCUCCUUCUAGGGGAGGACUGGAGGACAGAGAUGUACUUGGAAGUUUGACAAGAAGACGGAACAUACUGGAUGGGUUGCAGGGGGUGAAUUACAGGGCCCCUGGAGACUAUUUCACAGAUUCAGAAAGGCAAGGGGAUAUUAUGGCACAAUCCAUGAGGAGGCAAAGUCUCAGGGGUUCAAAACUAAGCCUCAGAGAUGGACUCUACGGGAACUUUGACUCGGCCAGUAGCUCGCGGAUGAGUGCUGCCAACAGCUCUCCAGAUGAAUAUAUAGUGUUCAAAGAUGAAAGUGAGGAAGGUAGUUUAGAGCGGAAAACCAGAAUUCCUCAAAAGUUUAUCCCCAAUUCUCAUGAAGACAUCCAAAUCUUGAAUCUUCAGGGUUUCAUGGAUCCUAAUGCUUACAUGGAACAAUGCAGGUGGCACCAGCAAACGAAAAAACAAAAAGAGAGAAAGGGUAAAAAAUCAAGUGAAGAUGGUAAACUUGACAACGCCAAAGAGGUCAACAAAUCCAGUCAAAAGCCACGCAGGAAACGAUCCCAUCGCACUUCAAAAAAUCAGCUAAGUGAUGAUGAGGGAGAAAUGGUGUUGAAAGACAUUGAUGAGCUUGAUAAUAAGGUUGCAGGUCUGGUAUUGGGGCCAAAACAUAUAAACGAAUCACCAGGAAGGCCAAUAACUUUUGAGGAAGCGAGUGAUUUGAAAAACACUGUUGAUGGGUAGUCCUGCUCAGUCAUUGCCAAAUGAAUGGAAGAUACAAAACUUCAAACAGAAUCCAAAU